CGUCCAGUGUAACCCCGGCUGCACUGGCGCUGGGCGGGGCGCGGACCAGCGCGCAGGUGGGGAGGAGCGGCCGGGUGCGUCGGCGACUCUCCGGGGGGCGGAGAGUGCACCCCGCCCUGAGAAGAGGCCGGCCAGGUGUGGCUCCUGGGCAUUCGGGGUCCGCGGGGAGGAGACUUGCGCGCGGGCGACUCACACCGACAUCCAGCAGCGACCCGGCUCCUCUGCGCUCCGGCCACUCCGCGCGCCACUGCUCCUCCUCCGCUCCCCGUCCCCGUCCCCGCGCUCGGCUCCAGCGGCCGGGCGGCCCGGUCUCCAGAAGGGGCGCCCUCCCUGCCCGCGCGCGCACCCCCGCCCGGAGAGCCUGUUUCCGCGGCCGGCCGGCCGGCUUCGCGCGGCGCCGCGCGGCUCCCUGAGCGCGCGCCAACAUGAGCUGCAAUGGAGGCUCCCACCCGCGGCUCAACACGCUGGGCCGCAUGACCCGGGCAGAGUCGGGCCCCGACCUGCGCUACGAGGUGACCUGCGGCGGUGGCGGCGGCGGCGGCGGUGGCGGCGGCGGCGGGGGCACCAGCAGGAUGUACUACCGGCGCUGCAUCGUCGCGGACCAGAACUCGGAUGGCUACUGUCAAACAGGAACAAUAUCCAGACAUCAGAACCAGAACACCAUUCAGGACCUGCUGCAGAGCUGCUCAGAUUGUCUGAUGCGGGCAGAGCUGAUUGUACAGCCGGAACUGAAAUAUGGAGAUGGAAUACAACUGUCCCGGAGCAGAGAACUGGAUGAGUGCUUUGCUCAGGCCAACGAGAACAUGGAAAUUACCGAUAGCUUGAUUAGAGAGAUGCGGCAGAUGGGCCAACCUUGUGAUGCAUACCAGAAAAGACUGCUUCAGCUCCAGGAGCAGAUGCGGGCCCUCUACAAAGCUAUCAGUGUGCCUCGCGUCCGAAGGGCCAGCUCCAAGGGCGGUGGUGGCUACACCUGCCAGAGUGGCUCUGGCUGGGAUGAGUUCACUAAGCGCCUCACCAGCGAGUGUCUUGGGUGGAUGCGGCAGCAGAGGGCGGAGAUGGACAUGGUGGCCUGGGGUGUGGACCUGGGCUCGGUGGAGCAGCACAUCAACAGUCACAGGAGCAUCCACAAUGCCAUUGGGGACUACCGCUGGCAGCUGGACAAGAUCAAAGCCGACCUGCGUGAGAAAUCUGCCAUCUACCAACUGGAGGAGGAGUAUGAGAACCUACUGAAAGCAUCCUUUGAGAGGAUGGACCACCUGCGGCAGUUGCAGAGCAUCAUCCAGGCCACCUCCCGAGAGAUCAUGUGGAUCAACGACUGUGAGGAGGAGGAACUGCUGUAUGACUGGAGCGACAGAAACACCAACAUUGCCCAGAAGCAGGAGGCCUUCUCUAUACGCAUGAGUCAACUGGAAGUUAAGGAAAAAGAGCUCAAUAAGCUUAAACAAGAAAGUGACCAACUUGUCCUUAAUCAACAUCCAGCCUCCGACAAAAUUGAGGCUUAUAUGGACACUCUGCAGACACAGUGGAGCUGGAUUCUUCAGAUCACCAAAUGCAUCGAUGUUCAUCUCAAAGAGAAUGCUGCCUACUUUCAGUUCUUUGAAGAGGCCCAGUCCACUGAAGCUUACCUGAAGGGCCUGCAGGACUCCAUUAGGAAGAAGUAUCCCUGUGACAAGAACAUGCCCCUGCAGCGCCUGCUGGAGCAGAUCAAAGAGCUGGAGAAAGAACGAGAGAAAAUCCUGGAAUACAAGCGUCAGGUGCAGAACUUGGUAAACAAAUCCAAGAAGAUUGUGCAGCUGAAGCCGCGUAACCCAGACUAUAGAAGUAAUAAGCCCAUUAUUCUCAGGGCUCUCUGUGACUACAAACAAGACCAGAAAAUUGUGCACAAAGGGGACGAGUGUAUUUUGAAGGACAAUAAUGAGCGCAGCAAGUGGUAUGUGACAGGCCCAGGAGGCGUGGACAUGCUUGUUCCUUCUGUGGGACUGAUUAUUCCUCCCCCCAACCCCUUGGCUGUGGACCUCUCGUGCAAGAUUGAACAGUACUACGAAGCUAUCCUGGCUUUGUGGAACCAGCUGUACAUCAACAUGAAGAGCCUGGUGUCCUGGCACUAUUGCAUGAUUGACAUUGAGAAAAUCAGGGCCAUGACCAUUGCUAAGCUGAAAACCAUGCGGCAGGAGGAUUACAUGAAGACCAUAUCCGACCUGGAGUUGCAUUACCAAGAGUUUAUCCGAAACAGCCAGGGCUCAGAGAUGUUUGGAGACGAUGACAAACGGAAGAUUCAGUCUCAGUUCACGGAUGCACAGAAGCACUACCAGACGCUGGUCAUCCAGCUUCCCGGCCACCCCCAGCACCAGACAGUCACCACAACUGAAAUCACGCAUGUUGGAUCCUGCCAAGAUGUUAACCAUAAUAAAGUCAUUGAGACCAAUAGAGAAAAUGACAAACAGGAGACGUGGAUGCUGAUGGAGCUGCAGAAGAUCCGCCGGCAGAUAGAGCACUGUGAGGGCAGGAUGGCCCUGAAAAAUGUCUUGUUGGCUGACCAAGGGUCUUCACACCACAUCACAGUUAAGAUCAGUGAGCUGAAGAGUGUGCAGAAUGAUUCUCAGGCAAUUGCAGAAGUCCUCAACCAACUUAAGGACAUGCUUGCCAACUUCAGGGGUUCAGAAAAAUAUUGCUAUUUACAAAAUGAGGUGUUCGGACUAUUUCAGAAGCUAGAAAAUAUCAAUGGUGUCUCUGAUGGCUACUUAAAUAGCUUAUGCACAGUAAGAGCACUGCUUCAGGCUAUUCUCCAAACAGAAGAUAUGCUGAAAGUGUAUGAAGCCAGACUCACAGAGGAGGAAACAGUCUGCCUAGAUCUGGAUAAGGUGGAAGCUUAUCGCUGUGGGUUAAAGAAAAUAAAAAAUGACCUGAACCUGAAAAAGUCACUGUUGGCCACCAUGAAGACAGAGCUGCAGAAGGCACAGCAAGUCCACUCCCAGACCUCUCAACAGUACCCACUGUAUGACCUGGACCUGGGCAAGUUCAGUGAAAAAGUCACACUGCUGACAGACCGCUGGCAGAGAAUUGACAAGCAGAUCGACUUUAGACUAUGGGAUUUGGAGAAACAAAUCAAGCAGCUGAGGAAUUACCGUGACAACUACCAGGCUUUCUGCAAGUGGCUCUGUGAUGCUAAACGCCGCCAGGAUUCCUUAGAGUCCAUGAAGUUUGGAGACUCCAACACGGUCAUGCGAUUUUUGAAUGAGCAGAAGAACUUACACAAUGAGAUAUGUGGCAAACGAGACAAGUCAGAAGAAGUACAAAAAACUGCUGAGCUUUGUGCAAACUCCAUUAAGGAUUAUGAAUUGCAACUGGCAUCGUACACCUCCGGCUUAGAAACACUACUGAGCAUACCCAUCAAGAGAACCAUGGUUCAGUCCCCCUCAGGGGUGAUCCUGCAAGAGGCUGGAGAUAUUCAUGCUCGGUACAUAGAACUGCUUACGAGGUCUGGAGACUACUACCGAUUCUUAAGUGAGAUGCUGAAGAGUUUGGAAGAUCUGAAGCUGAAAAAUACCAAGAUUGAAGUUUUGGAAGAGGAGCUCCGACUGGCUCGUGAUGCCAACUCUGAGAACUGCAAUAAAAACAAAUUUCUGGAUCAGAAUUUGCAGAAGUACCAGGCAGAAUGCUCCCAGUUCAAAGCAAAGCUUGUGAGUUUGGAGGAGCUAAAGAGACAAGCUGAGCUGGAUGGCAAGUCUGCAAAACAGAACCUGGACAAGUGCUAUGGCCAAAUCAAAGAACUCAAUGAGAAGAUCACCCGGCUGACAUAUGAAAUAGAAGAUGAGAAGAGAAGACGGAAGGUGGUGGAGGACAGAUUUGACCAACAGAAGAAUGACUAUGACCAGCUGCAAAAAGCAAGGCAGUGUGAAAAGGAGAGCCUAGGCUGGCAAAAAAUAGAGUCAGAGAAAACCAUCAAGGAGAAGGAGUAUGAGAUAGAAAGGUUGAGGGUUCUUCUGCAGGAGGAAGGCGCUCGGAAGCGAGAAUAUGAAAAUGAGCUGGCAAAGGUAAGAAACCACUAUAAUGAGGAGAUGAGUAAUUUAAGGAACAAGUAUGAAACAGAAAUUAACAUUACGAAGACCACCAUCAAGGAGAUAUCCCUGCAAAAGGAGGAUGAUUCCAAAAACCUUAGAAACCAGCUUGACAGACUCUCCAGGGAAAACCGUGACCUCAAGGAUGAGAUCGUGAGGCUCAAUGACAGCAUCCUGCAGACCACAGAGCAGCGCCGGCGCGCUGAGGAGCUUGCACUGCAGCAAAAGGCCUGUGGCUCAGAGACGCUGCAGAAGAAGCAGCAGCUGGAACUGGAGCUGAAGCAGCUCACCCAGCAGCGCUCUGAGGACAAUGCCAGGCACAAGCAAUCCUUGGAGGAGGCUGCCAAGACCAUUCAGGACAAAAACAAGGAAAUUGAAAGACUCAAAGUUGAGUUUCAGGAGGAGGCCAAGCGCCGCUGGGAAUAUGAGAAUGAACUGGCUAAGGUAAGAAACAAUUAUGAUGAGGAGAUCAUUAGCUUGAAGAACCAGUUCGAGACGGAGAUCAGUAUCACCAAGACCACCAUCCACCAGCUCACCAUGCAGAAGGAUGAGGACACCAGUGGCUACCGCGCCCAGAUAGACACCCUCACCCGGGAGAACAGGAGCUUGUCCGAGGAGGUCAAGAGGCUGAAGAACACUUUGGCCCAGACCACGGAGAACCUUCGGAGGGUGGAAGAGAAUGUCCAGCAGCACAAGGCCACUGGUUCAGAGAUGUCUCAGAGGAAGCAGCAGCUAGAGAUAGAACUGAGACAGAUCAACCAGAUGAGGACUGAAGAGAGUACCCGAUACAAGCAGUCUCUGGAUGAUGCUGCCAAGACCAUCCAGGAUAAGAACAAGGAGAUAGAGAGACUGAAACAACUGAUUGAAACAGAAACAAAGGAACGGAAGUGCCUGGAGGAUGAGAAUGCUAAGUUGCAGAGGACCCAGUACGAACUGCAGAAAGCCCACAGCAGCGCCACAGAGACCAUCAGCAAACUGAAGGGACAGGAGCAGGAACUCACGCGCCUGCGCAUUGACUACGAGCGGGUGUCCCAGGAGAGGAUGGUGAAGGACCAGGACAUCACUCGCAUCCAGAGUUCUCUGAAGGAGCUGCAGGUACAGAAGCAGAAAGCGGAAGAGGAACUGAACAGACUCAGGAGGGCGGCAACAGAGGAUUCUUCUAAAAGGAAGAAGCUGGAGGAGGAGCUGGAGGGCAUGAGGAGGUCUUUGAAGGAGCAAGCCAUCAAAGUCACCAGCCUGACUCAGCAGCUGGAGCAGAUGUCCAUCAUCAAAAAAAGGAGUGAGGACGACCUCCGGCAGCAGCGGGAUGUGCUCGAAGGCCACGUGAGGGAAAAGCAGAGGACCCAGGAGGAGCUGCGCAGGCUCUCCUCUGAGCUAGAGGCCCUGCGGCGGCAGCUGCUACAGGAACAGGAGAACGUCAAGCAGGCACACCUGCGGAAUGAGCAUUUCCAGAAGGCCAUAGAAGAUAAGAGCAGGAGCUUAAAUGAAAGCAAGAUAGAAAUUGAGAGGCUGCAGUCUCUCACCGAGAACCUGACCAAGGAGCACUUGAUGCUGGAGGAGGAGCUUCGCAACCUGAGGCUGGAGUACGAUGAUCUCAGGAGAGGCCAGAGCGAGGCCGAUAGCGACCGUAAUGCCACCAUCUCUGAACUACAGAGCCAGCUGCAGAUCAGCAACAACCGAACCCUGGAGCUGCAGGGACUGAUUAAUGAUUUACAGAGAGAGAGGGGAAAUUUGAGACAGGAAAUUGAGAAAUUCCAAAAGCAGGCUUUAGAGGCAUCCAAUAGGAUCCAGGAAUCAAAGAGUCAGUGCACUCAGGUGGUGCAGGAGAGGGAGAGCCUGCUGGUGAAAAUUAAGGUUCUGGAGCAAGACAAGAACCGUCUGCAGCGACUAGAGGAUGAGUUGAAUCGUGCCAAAGCCACACUGGAGGCAGAGAGCCGAGUGAAGCAGCGCCUGGAGUGCGAAAAACAACAGAUCCAGAAUGACCUGAACCAGUGGAAGACUCAGUACUCCCGCAAAGAGGAGGCCAUCCGAAAGAUUGAGUCAGAGAGAGAGAAGAGCGAACGGGAGAAGAACAACCUGAGGAGUGAGAUUGAGAGGCUGCAGGCAGAGAUCAAGAGAAUUGAGGAACGCUGCCGGAGGAAGCUGGAGGACUCCUCCAGGGAGACACAGUCACAGCUGGAGACUGAGCGCUGCAGGCUGCAGAGAGAGAUUGACAGGCUCCGCCAACGCCCCUAUGGCUCUCACCGGGAGACCCAGACGGAGUACGAGUGGACAGUGGACACCUCCACACUGGUCUUUGAUGGGCUGAGGAAGAAGGUGACAGCCAUGCAGCUGUUUGAGUGCCAGCUGAUUGACAAGACCACCCUGGACAAGCUGAUGAAGGGGAAGAAGUCAGUGGAAGAGGUGGCUUCAGAGAUCCAGCCCUACCUCCGUGGAGCAGGCGCCAUUGCCGGGGCCUCUGCUUCUCCAAAGGACAAGUAUUCCCUGGUGGAGGCCAAAAGGAAGAAGCUGAUCACCCCAGAAGCUACUGUCAUGCUUCUGGAGGCACAGGCAGCCACAGGUGGCAUCAUUGAUCCCCACAGGAAUGAGAAGCUGACCGUGGACAAUGCCAUUGCCCGGGAUCUCAUUGACUUUGAUGACCGGCAGCAGAUCUACACAGCAGAGAAAGCCAUCACUGGUUUUGAUGACCCAUUUUCAGGCAAGACAGUCUCAAUUUCAGAAGCCAUCAAGAAAAAUCUGAUUGAUCGAGAAACCGGAAUGCGCCUGCUAGAAGCCCAGAUCGCAUCUGGGGGUGUGGUGGACCCCGUGAACAGUGUCUUUUUGCCAAAGGAUGUUGCUCUGGCCCGUGGGCUGAUCGACAGGGAUUUGUACCGGUCCUUGAAUGAUCCCCGAGACAGCCAGAAAAAUUUCGUGGAUCCCGUCACUAAGAAGAAAGUGAGCUACAUGCAGCUCAGGGAACGGUGCCGAAUUGAGCCCCACACGGGUCUGCUCCUGCUCUCAGUCCAGAAGAGAAGCAUGUCCUUCCAAGGCAUCAGGCAGCCAGUCACUGUCUCUGAGCUGGUAGAUUCUGGAAUAUUGAGACCAUCCACUGUCAAUGAACUGGAAUCAGGUCAGAUCUCUUAUGAUGAGGUAGGAGAGAGAAUUAAGGACUUCCUUCAGGGUUCUAGCUGCAUUGCAGGCAUCUACAAUGAGACCACAAAACAGAAGUUAGGUAUUUAUGAGGCCAUGAAAAUUGGCUUGGUGCGACCUGGGACUGCUCUGGAGUUGCUGGAAGCCCAAGCAGCCACUGGCUUUAUAGUGGAUCCAGUGAGCAAUCUGAGGCUGCCUGUGGAGGAAGCCUACAAAAGAGGUCUGGUAGGUAUCGAGUUCAAAGAGAAGCUUCUGUCAGCAGAGCGUGCUGUCACAGGCUACAAUGACCCUGAGACAGGAAACAUCAUCUCUCUGUUCCAAGCCAUGAACAAGGAACUUAUAGAGAAGGGCCACGGCAUUCGCUUAUUGGAAGCACAGAUUGCAACGGGUGGGAUCAUCGACCCCAAGGAGAGUCACCGUUUGCCAGUGGACAUGGCUUACAAGAGGGGCUACUUCAAUGAGGAGCUCAGCGAGAUUCUUUCUGACCCCAGUGAUGACACAAAAGGAUUUUUUGACCCAAACACUGAAGAAAAUCUUACCUACCUGCAGCUCAAAGAAAGAUGCAUCAAGGAUGAGGAAACAGGGCUCUGUCUUCUGCCCCUGAAAGAAAAGAAAAAGCAGGUGCAGACAUCCCAGAAGAAUACCCUCAGAAAGCGCAGAGUCGUCAUUGUGGACCCAGAAACCAACAAAGAGAUGUCUGUCCAGGAGGCCUACAAGAAGGGCCUUAUAGAUUAUGAAACCUUUAGAGAACUCUGUGAGCAGGAGUGUGAGUGGGAGGAGAUUACUAUCACUGGAUCUGAUGGCUCCACCAGAGUGGUCCUGGUUGACAGGAAGACAGGCAGCCAGUAUGAUAUUCAGGAGGCCAUCGACAAGGGCCUUGUUGAUAGGAAGUUCUUUGACCAGUACCGAUCUGGCAGCCUCAGCCUCACUCAGUUUGCUGAUAUGAUUUCCUUGAAAAAUGGUGUUGGCAACAGCAGCACCAUGGUUAGUAGUAGCACCAGUGAUGAUGUCUUCAGCAGUUCUCGACAUGAGUCACUGAGUAAGGUCUCCACUAUCUCCAGCGUGAGGAAUUUAACCAUCCGUAGCAGUUCCCUGUCAGACCCCCUGGAAGAGUCAAGCCCCAUUGCUGCCAUCUUUGACACUGAAAACCUGGAAAAAAUCUCCAUCACAGAAGGCAUAGAACGGGGAAUUGUUGACAGCAUCACUGGGCAGAGGCUUCUGGAGGCCCAGGCCUGCACAGGUGGCAUCAUCCACCCAACUACCGGGCAGAAGCUGUCCCUUCAAGAUGCUGUGUCCCAGGGUCUUGUUGACCAAGAUAUGGCCACCAGGCUGAAACCUGCUCAGAAAGCCUUUGUGGGCUUUGAAGGUGUGAAGGGAAAGAAGAAGAUGUCAGCAGCGGAGGCUGUAAAAGAAAAGUGGCUCCCCUAUGAGGCAGGUCAACGCUUCUUGGAAUUCCAGUACCUCACAGGGGGCCUGGUUGACCCAGAAGUCCAUGGAAGGAUAAGCACAGAGGAAGCUAUCAGGAAGGGGUUCAUUGAUGGCCGAGCGGCUCAAAGGCUACAAGACACCAGCAGUUAUGCCAAAAUCCUGACCUGCCCCAAAACCAAGUUGAAGAUCUCCUAUAAGGAUGCCAUGAGUCGCUCCAUGGUGGAAGACAUCACAGGGCUGCGUCUGCUAGAAGCUGCCUCAGUCUCUUCCAAAGGCCUGCCAAGCCCUUACAACAUGUCUUCUGCCCCAGGCUCCAGAAGUGGGUCUCGCUCAGGUUCCCGCAGUGGGUCCCGCUCUGGCUCUCGAAGUGGGUCCCGAAGAGGAAGCUUUGAUGCCACAGGGAAUUCAACCUAUUCUUACUCCUAUUCCUUUAGCAGUAGCUCUAUUGGGCACUAGAACUCAGCGGGAAAUGGCUGCUAUAUCUUGGCUUCAUUUAUAUGAAUUUUCACUUUAUCAAACAAGAGUAAUAAUAAACCUAAUGCUUGCAGUGUAGUGGUAGAACUUUCUGUGCUUAAGAAAAUAGAGCAUGGCUGAAAUCAAAUAGCAAAGCUUUUCUUUUUUUUUUUUUUUUAAUCUUAGCUCACCCAACCUAAUGGAGUGAAUGAGUAUCAGUGAGGUGGUAAUCAAUUGUAAGAAUAGCAAAAAUUGAAUUCAGGUUUUUCUUCUCUUGUAUUUAGAUUUGUGAUAGGUUUUCCUUGAGCUUCUUUUGGCUUAUAAUACAGAUUUAUAUUCUUGGAGAUAAAACUUAUUGAUCAUUAAUGUCUUAGUCAUCCUGUUUUUAAUCUUAAGUAUUUUCUGUAUUAGAAAACUGCCCCUCCUGCAACCUCCCACUCCCAAACCUGACCCCAAACCCAAGCAUUUUGGAAUAAGUCUCCUUUAGUUUUAGAAUGUGGAUUGUAUAAUCCAUACGCCCUGAAAUGUACCUGCUUGGUUUGGUAUUAAUUUGACUGUGUGCAUGAUAGCAGCAAUCUUUGCUUUUCUUUAGUCAAAGUUUUCUGUUUAUUUUGCUUGAUAUUUUCUAUGUACUUUAGAAAGGUGUCUUUAUGAAGUUUGCUAUCCUGGCAAUAAACUUUUAGACGUGAA